CAAAGCAAAACAUGGCUAGUGACAAGAGUAUCACUGCAAUACUUCUUCUCCUUGUUUGUGGUUCAGUCAUACUGGGAGUUGUUCCAACUGAAGCCAAAGUCUGCCCUUUUAUUUGCUACGAUGCAGCUGCUUAUAUGACCUGCCCGUCUUCAGGAAACGAGCAACUUUCACCUCCCUGCAACUGUUGCUUAGCGCCGGCACCAGGCUGCGCCCUUUACCGAGCUGAUGGAACUCGCCUCUGUACUACUACCUGAAUAGCUGAAUAUCGUAAUAGGGGGCGUGCAUGAUCAUGAAUCCCUAGCUUGUAUGGUACAAUAAAAAUUAUGGUUUUCCAUUAGUGCGUGAUUUGGUUUGCCAUUAAUAAGAAUAAGAAACAGACCUCGCAUUAUUCUGC